CCGCCUCCCGGCCUCCAUCAUCCCAAGGUGCACCGCGGCGGGCGCGGGCCCGCGGCCAUGUUGCGGUAGUUUGUUGUUUUCUUCUUGCGGAGGCAAAGCGGCAGCUGUGGCCCGCAAAGGGCCGGGCCUCGCCUCUGCCCCUUGCAGCCCCCUCCCUUCCCUGUCCUCCGCCACCCGUACCCGGGUCCGGACCAGGCACGUCGGUCCACCAGCUGGCUUGGUGGGCGAGGCUGAAGGCCGGGCCCCGCGAGUGCCAUGGCGGCCGCCCUGGGAGCGGGCGGAGGAGCAGGCGCCGGAGAUGAGGACUUUGAUCAGUUUGAUAAGCCUGGUGCGGAACGGUCCUGGAGAAGAAGAGCUGCUGAUGAGGACUGGGACAGUGAACUUGAAGAUGAUUUACUUGGAGAGGAUUUGCUGUCUGGCAAAAAGAAUCAGUCGGAUUUGUCAGAUGAAGAGCUAAAUGAUGAUCUUUUGCAGAGUGAUAAUGAAGAUGAAGAAAAUUUCAGUUCUCAGGGUGUUACAAUUAGUCUGAAUGCUACAUCUGGCAUGGUUACAUCAUUUGAACUGUCUGACAACACUAACGACCAAUCUGGAGAACAGGAAUCUGAGUAUGAACAAGAACAAGGAGAGGAUGAACUGGUUUAUCACAAAUCUGAUGGAUCAGAAUUGUAUACUCAAGAGUACACAGAAGAAGGACAGUAUGAAGGCCACGAAGCUGAGUUGACAGAAGACCAAAUAGAAUACGUGGAAGAGCCAGAGGAGGAGCAACUUUACACUGAUGAAGUGUUAGACAUCGAAAUCAAUGAACCUUUAGAUGAAUUUACAGGAGGUAUGGAAACGCUGGAACUUCAGAAGGACAUUAAGGAAGAAUCAGAUGAAGAAGAAGAAGAUGAUGAAGAAUCUGGACGAUUACGUUUUAAAACUGAAAGGAAAGAAGGAACAAUUAUUAGGCUCUCAGAUGUGACUAGAGAGAGAAGGAACAUUCCAGAAACUUUGGAACUUUCAGCAGAGGCCAAGGCAGCAUUGCUGGAAUUUGAAGAAAGGGAGCGACAGCAUAAACAAGGACGCUACAGCUCCAGGCGGGGAGGACGGCGAGGAGGCCCGCUGAUGUGUCGCGGUGUGGGGGACCAGAGGAGAGAGAGCACCGAGAGGGGCAGGAUGAAGGACCACAGACCCGCGCUGCUUCCUACACAGCCUCCUGUCGUGACUCAUUCUCCAAGGUUAAUUCCUCCUCCACAGCCUCAGGCUCCCCCUCCGCCACCACCACCGCCUCAGCAGCAGCCGAUCAGAAGCCUGUUCCAGCCUCAGCAGCUGCAGCCUCUGCUUCCUGUGCAGCACCCGCACCACACGUCCCCACCUCAGGGAAUGCACAUGCCUCCCCAGCUAGAGACCCCAAGGAUGAUGAUGACCCCACCGCCCGUGACUCCACAGCAGCCGAAGAACAUACACAUCAACCCGCACUUCAAAGGGACGGUGGUCACGCCUGUUCAAGUGCCCUUGCUGCCAGUUCCGAGCCAGCCGAGACCUGCCGUGGGACCCCAGAGAUUCCCAGGCCCUCCAGAAUUUCCACAGCACACACCUGGACCUGUUCCCAACAGUUUCAGCCAGCCCCCACGACUCCCUCUCCAGGACCAGUGGAGAGCCCCACCCCCACCUCAGGAGCGAGACCCUUUCUUCUUAGGAGUUUCAGGUGAACCAAGAUUCCCAAGUCAUCUUUUCCUGGAACAGCGAAGUCCCCCUCCACCACCACCGCCUCCUACCCUUCUUAACAGUAGCCAUCCCGUUCCUACUCAGAGUCCUCUACCAUUCACUCAGCCAGGACCAGCAUUUAACCAGCAAGGACAGCAGCCAGUGUUCCCGAGAGAGCGGCCGGUAAGACCAGCCCUGCAGCCUCCAGGUCCUGUGGGGAUUCUACACUUCAGCCAGCCUGGGUCGGCAACCACACGGCCCUUCAUCCCUCCUAGACAGCCGUUCCUGCCAGGCCCAGGACAGCCGUUCCUGCCCACACACGCACAGCCCAGCCUGCAGGGGCCGCUGCAUCCUCCAUUGCCCCCUCCACAUCAGCCUCAGCCUCAGCAGCCGCAGCAACAGCCCCCGCCGCAGCACCAGCCUCCGCACCAGCCCCCACCCCAGCACCAGCCCCCGCCCCAGCACCCACCACAGCACCCGCCGCAGCACCAGCACCACCACCACCACCACCUGUCCGUCCCGCCCCCUCCUUUGAUGCCUAUGUCUCAGCCACAGUUCCGGCCUCACGUACAGACCGCUCAGCCUCAGGCCAGCAGCAGCCGGAUGCAGUGCCCUCAGCGCCAGGGGCUGCGGCACAAUACAACUUCUCAGAAUGUAAGCAAGCGGCCCAUGCAGCAGAUGCAGCCCACUGCACCGAGAAACAGCAAUUUGCGGGAACUCCCCAUAGCGCCGUCACACGUAAUGGAAAUGAGCAGCAGCCGCUGCUCCGCCACACCCUCAGCGCAAGUGAAACCUGUCGUCAGCUCAUCACCACCCUCCAGGGCCGUGUUGGCUUCCAGGAGCUUACAGGGAAAGACGGAAGUGAAAGUCAAGCCCGCUAGCCCCGUGGCUCAACCUAAAGAAGAGGCAAAAACAGAACCAGAGUUUCCUGAUGAAGAUGAGGAAACAAGGUUAUAUCGCUUAAAGAUAGAAGAACAGAAACGCCUGAGAGAAGAAAUUCUGAAGCAGAAGGAGUUACGACGGCAGCAGCAGGCUGGUGCCAGGAAGAAGGAGCUGCUGGAGAGACUCGCGCAGCAGCAGCAGCAGCUCUGUGCUCCCCCACCCCCAGCAGAGCAGGAAGAGCAGGCGCCGACACCGUCACCCGCCAAUGGGAACCCCCUGUUACCCUUUCCGGGUGCACAGGUCAGACAAAAUGUGAAAAAUAGACUUCUUGUUAAAAGCCAGGAUGUCAGUAUUUCAAAUGUUCAGCCGAAAACAUCAAAUUUUGUACCAUCUGGUGCCAGCAUGCAGUAUCAAGGACAACAGAUGAAACCACUGAAACAUUUGAGACAGACCAGAACACUUCCUCAAAGUCAGACUCAGCCACUGCAUAAAGUACUUCAGAUCAAACCCGUGGAUGUGGAGGAGCCAGCCGCCCCCCAGACUCCUCGAGUGGCGUCCAUCCAGGGCCGGCCCCAGGACACAAAGCCUGGCGUGAAAAGGACUGUCACGCACAGGACAAACAGUGGUGGUGGAGAUGGGUCCCACAUCACCUCCAAAGUCAGGGUGAUUAAGCUGUCAGGUGGGCAGGGAGGAGAGAGCGAUGGCUUUUUUCACCCAGAAGGCCAGCCCCAGCGGCUUCCCCAGCCUCCAGAAGUGGGACUGCAGCCUGCCCGCAAGGUGACACUGACCAGGGGGGGCCUUCAGCAGCCCCCACAUCUGCCAGCAGGACCCCACGCACACUCGCCCGUCCCUCCAGGGAUCAAAAGCAUCCAAGGAAUUCACCCGGGGAAGAAGGCCAUGAUGCACGGACGAGGCAGAGGAGUGGCUGGUCCCAUGGGCCGGGGACGCCUGAUGCCAAACAAGCAGAACCUGCGGGUGGUGGAGUGCAAGCCGCAGCCCUGUGUGGUGUCCGUGGAGGGGCUGUCCUCAUCCACCACGGACGCCCAGCUCAAGAGCCUGCUGAUGUCAGUGGGACCCAUUCAGAGUUUACAGAUGCUUCCCCAGCAGCGGAAAGCUAUAGCUAAGUUCAAGGAGCCAGCCCAUGCGCUAGCGUUCCAGCAGAAGUUCCACAGGCAUAUGAUAGAUUUGUCCCACAUAAAUGUGGCCCUGAUCGUGGAAUGAUUCCUCACAAGACAGCCUGACCUUAAGCUGUACACACACUGUGGGAUUUCUUCAAGGAAGCUGCCAGCCGGCGCACAGGUCUCCCGGGCCGCAGUCCCGCGUUAGUGUUGUCCAGGGCGCCAGCCGGCCCCGGCGUUGAUUCCAGAGGAGCCGACCUGACAGGACACAGCAGGCUGGAGCUGGUGUUAGGUUGCUUCACAUUCUGUUGUCACCACCAAGAACUCCCAAGUUUUUCGUUUUCUUUUGUUUUCGAAGUGCUUACAAUGCAUGUAGACGUUGUUCUUUGUGAUCUGACUCUAUGAUUGAUCACAGUGACUUAGAUUCAGGAAAGAACAUUAACGUCACAAAUUCUAAGUAUUUUUCACAGCAGAGAAUAUUUGAUAAUGGUUGCACUUAUCUUCAGUGCAGGCUAGAAGAGUCUUCUCAACCAAGCAGAACUCGAGUUGUCUUCUCAGCCCUCAAAAGGCUCUUGUAAAAAACGUAGAUUAAAAUUUGGGUUGAUUGUUGAUUGACCUUUGCAUAUCCUGGAAAGCCAGGGUAUGAGUGGGGUGGUUGGGAAUGGUGCCAAUUGAACAGCAGAUUCUGCUUCUUGUCACUAUUUCAAAAGCGUCAACUCUGUUCCUAGUUUCGAUGAACUCCCCAUUCAUUUUUAGCGCACCUCCCAGAUAAUGCAACGUGCUGGACAGGCACAUGGUCUGGCCCUUGGCUAGAGCAGGGGUCUGUGAUGACCUCAUCCGGCAGCCCUCUGGCCUAGUCCCACCACAUGAGGUGGAGGAACGGCUUGAAGGUGGAACAGACCUGUCUGUUUUUUUUUCUUUUUAAAUGCAGCAAGGUGGCCUGUUUGUCACUGGCUCUGUGAUACAUGACAUUCCUUGGGAGUUUGGUGGCCAUUGCUUUAGUCACUUCUGUUUUUCUGAAGGCCAUUGUGGCAGGCCGCCCUGUCCAUCAGCAGAGGUUCACUCUGGCCUGCCAUUCCCCAUGGCGUGCAGGGUGAGGGUGGCUUUCUUCCAGGGACAGCAUAGCCCCAAAUGAGACGGGUUUGUGUCAUUACUGAAACUGCUUUUCGUAAUUGUGGGUAGGUUCCUGUAGGUGAGACAUACUCUCCAUGAAGCCACUGUAGUAGAAUUCAUUCUGGGCAAACACUGGAAAAAGUGCCUUAACUGUAUUUCCGCUCAUGAACAAGUUUCACUAUUUUGGAUAUAUUCUAAAGUGGUCCUGAGCUAUUUGAGCAAAUAAUGCUAGGGCAUGCUCAGACAUUUUAUACCUACGAUUUCAUGUCACAUUUACCAAUAGAAUUAAGGAAAAUAGAAGAAGCCUGUUCUUUCUUGCUGCCCUGGAGGGAGCACGGCCCUAGGGCUGUCAGCCUCCUAGAAGGAAGGGACUCAGGAGAUGGGCAUAGACCUGCGUCACCUUGUUUCUACAGGUGACAUUUUGUUUCACUUCCUCAAGCUACCAAAACAAUCUGAAGAGCUGAAGAAGGUCUUCGGACCCGGCAAGCUUUUCUGUAGCAGUGAUUCUAAAGUGGCAUUUGCUGUGUGCUUGAGAGUAACACUGCACGCUGCAGGGGCUGCGGCCCACAGUCCCAGGAAGCUGCAGCACUUGUAGGACCUGCUAGGACCCUGCAGCUGUGCCACCGCCACCUCUGACCCAGAGUGCCCCAGCCAGCCCUGGAAGAUGGGACUGUCUGUCAGCCCCGCCUCACUAAGCCUGCAGAGGCCAUCCAGGCGGCAGGUCUGUGUGCCCAUCAGUGGGUUCACACGGCUGUCACUGCCCCUCAUUUCCAUAGUGAGAUGCGGAUGUGUUUAUGUAUUUGGUGUAGUUUAUUUGGCUCAGUCCACAGCUGUGUUGGAGUGGUGAGUUUGGUAGCCUUGAGCUCUAAUGAAGAGAGACCCUGACCACUUGGGACCCACUGGGCAGUGGGAAGGCUUCCCGACUCCCUUUGUCACUGAGGGCUUACUGACACAAUGAAAUGAGUUUAAUGACUUUUUUUUUUAACCACUUUUUCAACUAGUCUUGAGUGUGCUGUAUUUAAAACCAAAUAUCUGUGUGUUGUCUCUGAGACGUAGGCAUUAGAAUAUCCUUUUUUGCAGUCAGUGUUAAUAAAACUGGUCCUGUUUGGGCACCCAUUCUUCAAGACAGACUUCACGGCCACUGGAAGGUCUGCUCUGGUGCUCCCUGAGUAAAACACAGGCAGUGGGGUGUGCGUGUUUCUCUAACCAUCUACACAUGCACACAGGCAGUCUUUCUCCUCAUAGAAUGUUCUAGAAAGGUGAUUGACAGAGUCAUCCGGGCCAGCCUUAAAGCGCUGGUUAGAACAGCCCAGCACAGACCGACCUCUCUCAACACCCACAACCACUGAAAAUGGAUUCUUAGUACCAGACAAUCCCAGUAAUGAAGGUUUAGUUUCCUCAAAGGAAACUACAGAAAAAGAAAGAAGCAGAAUUAGAAAGCCAUGCACCUUACAGGUGUGGUGUGCUGCUCACGGUGAAGCCAGACCACACCAGCCAGACCCUCCUGGAAGAUCUGCUGCAACCAUUAUCUUUGUUCUUGAUUCAUCAUGCAUUUAAAAUGAGAUGCAAGAGCAUUUAGCAUACAAUGUAAAUACAGACUUUUUAAACUGUUAUUGGAAAUGCUUUCAACUCAGCAACAUCCUAGCUAUCAGUUCUUCUGUGUUGUCCUAUGAAAGUUUAAUGGAUACAGUUCCACAGUUGUUGAUGUGUUGUGUGUAUAUUCGAUUUUUAUAAAGAUGGUAGUAAGCCAAUACGUUUACCCUGAUCUGUGUAUCAUUUGUUCACAAGUUCAAGAAGCUUAAAGGUCGUAAAUAUUAGCAUAUCUCAUACGGUAAACCAGCAGCUGAUGAUGUGGAGCCAAGUUACUUUUCUUUUUGCGUUACCUUGUUUUGAUUUUGUGCUGUAAUAGAAGUUCACUUAGCUGCUUACUGGAAGGUAACCUUACAUUACCACUGGUCGGGCCACGCUUGUUAAACCCUUAUACUGAUAUUCUUCUGAAGAGGAAAUCUCAUCAUUCUUCCAGACAAAUUUUGAGGGGUUUCUCCACUUUCCAGACAGGCAGCAGCCUCCACAGGUGCCUGCACCCUUCCUUGCUGGAGGAGAUGGGAUGGGGCGGGAGGUGGCUUCACCGUAACUAUUUUUAAUACGGGUCAUUCCUAGCAUGAUUUGUGAAGGUCUCAGACAAACAGUUGUUGCAGCUUGCUUCUGUAGCACUUCUGAAUUGUGACAGAGCUUAGAUCCUGUACCCAGGGGUCUUUUUUUUUCAAAUAGCAUCUUGCUCAGUUCUGUGAACAGAAGGCUUUGGUACUGAAGAAAGUGGAGGAGGAGUUUAGGGUGAAGAGGAGGCCGAAGGGAUGGGCAGACCCAGGUGAGGAGAGGCUCGAGGAUGGGGGAAGCUGUCAUCUCAGUGUUAAUAGUAAACUUUCUUCUAACACUGGCUCCUCAGGGGAGGUCAUCCAGUCGGGCCAAGUUGAGAGCCCUUGGGCCACACUGAAUGGCCUGGAGGCAUGGGGAAAGGGAGCGUCUUCACUGGGUGGUGGUCAGCUGGGGAAGGACAGGUAGGGCAGGUAAAGGACACCCGAGGCCCUGGAGCCUUUGUCCUAGGAUGGGUUCUAAGAACUCAUCACUUUUGUUUUCUUUUGGCUUUUGUUGUUUUUGUUUUGUUCUGCUUUGCGUUUCUUCGUUGUUUCAUUGGGAAGGUAAGCCGAAUGCACUCCUGGGCCAUCGGACUGGCGCUUGUUGAAGGCAGGUUCUAGUCAGGUAACGGCAUGGGACAAGGAGGUCAGAGUGUGUGGUGGGGCGGCAGUGUUGCUGAGCCAGCACAUUUUGGAGCCCUAGAAACUCUAGUCCCUGUGACUGUCCCUCCUCUGCUCUCUGGCUGGAGAGGACUGCCAGCUGUCAAGAAACAUUCCCGGUGCGGGCUCCGGAGCGCCCUUCUUGGGUGACUUUGGGCCUCCCGCUUUUACGUUGCUCCUCCUGGGGUUCGUGUUUUUCCUGCCUCCCUCCCUGCUUGUAGGCCUCAGCUCUGGCUUCGCAGCAUCGCGUUUAGACCCAGUGGGCCUCCCUUCAUUUAGCUCUGACCAUCCACCCCAUUUUUUUUUUUUUAAUUUGGAGGGAGGCGGGGUGGGAGAGAGAAAACUUGAAAGGUAUUGUUGAUUCUUCAGGAAAUUACAGGUGACGAUUCUACAAGGGAACCGACUGAUGGGAGGGGGUGCAGGAUAGGAAGGAUCAGAGACACCCCACUACCAGCACUCGGAAAGCCCCAAGUCCAGAUCAACUAGGGAAAGGCUUAGAUACUUGAUGUGAGGAGCAUUUCAGUCAACUUUUUCAACUAUUUCUAAAGUUGGCGAAUGGAGUGUUGUUUUGGACAUUCUUAAAAAUGAAUUUAGCCUCCAAAGGCAUUUAGCCUUGACUUCAUAUUAAAUCCUAAGGAUUUUAUGUAAGGUUUUUUUGCAACCUACUGAAUUUUUUUAAAUGGUAGCUUCUGAGGUGCAUAAGCCUGUGGUUUGUGUACUGGAACCAAAGCGGAACUCACGGAUUCAUAUUGGAUCCCCAGGUAUACCUCCUGCUGGUAGCAUAUGGCUGGAAAGGCCGUUGGCCUCACGCGUUGUAAGCCGCCUUGGCUAGGAAGUGCUCUGAACGCCUCCACUCUCCCUUUUCUGUGUCGUGUUCUGGUAGGAAGUCUUUACGAUUGGCGGACGGACAGGUAUCGGAGCGAGACUUUCCUUCAGUACCGGCUUUUUCCUUUACUGCUAACCGACUAAAAGACAAGGAAGUCUUCAUGUUAGUAUUUUGCUUGGUUUUAUUUUACUGAUUUUAAAAGGUAUUUAGAAAAAUGCAGGGCCUUCAAAAAGAAACGUAGUUUUUAAUUUUAGUAUGUGCCACAGAGUGGAUAGGCAGACAGGUUGUAUUGUAAAGUAUUCUGUAUUUAAUAAUUUAGUAUACUCUAGAAGGUCAUCCUUGUGCCUUCUUUUAGCAUGGUUUUCUUUUAAACUGCUUUUCAUUUUAAGGGCACCUAUAGCGGAAGCUGAUUUUUCAAGGACUGUUUGAGUCGUAUGCAUUCUGUAGCGUUUUCUUAGGUGUAACGUUUUUAAUAAUGUGCGCGCACAGCACACAGCGGUGCCCUGAACGGCAGGAGCACGUCGUCACUCGUUUCUAUAAUUCAGCUUUGCUUUUCACAGGCAAUGGGAUCCAGGAUGGUUUCCUCUGUGAGGACUGGAACUCUUGGGCUUUAAUUCCACUUUUUAAUUUGCAGGUACCACAGCGACAAAGCACAGAGUCUGACCUUUUUCAUGUUUGAGCUGAUUCUGUUUGUUUGCUGGACAUUUCUACGUUCUUCUUGCUACUGUCAUUUAGUAAUGGCACCGCCUCGCCAUGCCAUGCUCUGGGCUCUCCCUGUCUAUUUCUGUUUUGCUUUCCUGGCUAAAUCCAUCUACCAUUCGUAACACCAGUAGCUCCUGUCCCACUCCGAGACUCUCUCUCUGACUUUCCCAUCUCCCUCGCUUUGCACGCUCCUUUCCCUCCGCCUGUUGGCUGCACACUCGGUGAGGGCUGCAUUCCUGCCACUCCGCCCCGCAUCCGUCCGCCCGCGUGGAGACUGCAGGCAGGCUGGGAGGGAAAGUGCUGACCGUUCUCACCCUUGUUUACAACCUGCUCACCUCUCAACCUUUGCUUUGACAGGUCUUUACUCACGGUUCAUUCCUCCAGGUCUGAUUGGAGAGAGUAACAUUUUAAUUCUGUUGUUUUGCAGUUUGGCUCUGCAGGAGUGAGUGCCGAGUCAAAGAUGCCGGCGUCCGCAGCGUGCGGUUCGUUCCCCUAACCACCUGCUUCUUUGUUUCCCACCCCUCUGCUUUCGCAGGAGCUCUUGUGCAUGAGUUCAGUGUUAGUAGUAGCGUGGCUCACUCCGCUUGGAGGUGGCGGCCGUCUGACCGACGGGGCCUCCCGCCCUGAUGCGUGUGCACUCUGCGGGCUGCACCGGGUGGCUCUGGUUGGGGGCGAAGCCAUGUUGACUGGGAGAGCGUUGGAAAUUCAGACAUCGAGCGAUGACGGGAGAGCGUGUCUCUGGGUUUGAUCUCCGUCUGUUUUCUCAGACACACUGCACUUAACUUGUGGGAAUGCCGUUGCCUGUCCACCCUUUGUUCACUUUGCUUAACUGCUGUGGUAGCUUUUCCAGGCUCUAUGUGAAGAAUGGUAAUGACGUAGUUGAAAAGAAAAUGUACUGUUGUGUGUAUCGUUUGUGUGAUUUCAUACCAGAAAUGUGUUUGAUCUAUACUGUAUGUAAUUUGGAAGUCGUGUUAAUAAAACCUUGCAGUUUCCA